CAGAUUCUUGUGUACUGCUGGUCGACGAGUUUCUAUGACAAACCCAAGAAUUCCCUUCUCUACCUCCUCUCCAAACGAAAUAAGUAGUUUGAGUUCCCUUUCUUAACAUUUGUAAUUUCAAAACUUUUUAAUUGUUUGGUUCUUUUCAGAAAUUCCAUAAAAUGACUUCUCCAUGGAUCUACUUUACGUCGCUAAUGAUGACUUGUGCAAGUAUCAUGUUGCACAUGUAUUUUACUGUCAUGUAUUCAGAUUUAAAGGAUGACUUUAUUAAUCCUAUUGAUUUGUCUCGAAAAUUAAAUUACUAUGUUAUUCCUGAAAUGAUGUUACAUGCCAUUAGCUCUGUUCUUCUAUUGUUCUCUGGAGCCUGGGUAUGUUUCAUCUUCAACCUUCCUAUGAUGCUUUGGAAUGUUCAAUUAUACUUAACCCAUAACCAUCUCCACGACUCCACUACUAUAUUCAAGGAUGUAUCGAACAGACAAAAACGUUCUUUCAUCAAACUAGCCUGGUUCUCUAUUCUCUUCUUCACUUACUUGUUCAUGUUUGUUAGUCGCCUCGUGGAUUAAAAAAUCCAUAUGCCUUUAGGAAAUAGUUUAAGUCUUGUACAUUGCUUUCAUGCUUACAAAACCUUUUAUGUUUGUCUUUAUUCCGUUUACCUUUCGCUUUGUAAAUUAAUUUCUACAAUAUCCUAAUGUCAAUAUCUUUUUUAUUUUCGACAGUUAGGCUUGUUCUUGGUUCAUUUAGAAAAGGUUAAGAUGUUUAUAUUCCCCAAUGACCUUUUCUACUUGUUAUGCUGUUUUCAACGCGGAAGUUUUGCCCUAGAUAAGCAAGUGCUGUAAGGAUAGACUUGACUCACUGUUUCCUUAUUUUCCCCAUUGUCAUGUCCUUGAUGGAAAUAAAAUAAAAUUCUCUUUAGUCUUCUUCUCUCA